AUGAGUGACUAUAAGCCUGCGUCCCCCACAUAUGGCCCGGAGUUCAAUGUCGUCGAGAGGACAAUUGCGAAGGAACAAGCCACGGCGCACAGUGUGAAUCCUAGCGAAGUAUCCCAGGCUGAAGUCGUGAUGGCUUCAAAAAAAAAAGAACCCACCACAAAGGGAAUAAAGAGAAAGAAGAAGAACAAAGCCAGUGCCAAUGGCAAGACCACACAUAAUGCAGACUCAAUGCCCUGGUCUAGAUCCAAAAAAGAGGAGCGAGAUCCAGUGAAGAUGCCCAGUCAAGCGUCCGGAGGCGUGCCGGAUCCCACAGCAGACUACCUAGCACAGGCGGCAGGACCACCGUCCACCCUCGCUCAGCCCCGUCGCAUCCUCGUCGUCCUGGACCUCAACGGCACGCUCCUCUACCGCCCCUCGAAGCGCCGCCCCUUCCACUUCGUGGCUCGCCCCCAUGCGAGGAAAUUCAUGGAGUACUGCCUCGACAACUUCCAGCUGGCCAUCUGGUCGUCCGCCCGCCCGCAAAACGUCCACAAGAUGGUCGAGAAGCUCCUCACCCCCGAGGACGUGGCCCGCUGCGUCGUCGUCUGGUCGAGGGAGCACUUUGGACUGUCCACGGAGGACUACGACUCCCGCGUGCAGGUCUACAAGCGGCUGACGAGGCUGUGGACUGACCCGGCCGUCGUCGCCUCCCAUCCGGAUGCCGCCAGGGGGAGUUGCUGGGACCAGACUAACACGGUUCUGGUGGACGAUUCCCUCGAGAAGGGGCGAAGUGAGCCUCAUAAUCUGCUGGCUAUUCCUGAGUUCUCUGGUUUGGAAAACGAGUCGGCUGAGGUUCUUCCUCAGGUCCAUGAUUUUUUAAACGCGCUUUGUUGGCAAUCCGAUGUCAGCAGAUACAUUCGGCAAACAUCUUUCCAGUUAGAUGAACACUACAAAUUGGUGCAAUGA